GAGAAAAGAGUUGCCUAUAGUUUGUGACGAAGGAGUCGAUAGACGAAAGUGGUAUAAGUGGUCACAAAUAGUCACAAGAGAUGCCUCGUCCGGGAAGAAACACAUACGGCGAUCAAAAGCCGCCCUAUUCUUACAUUUCGCUCACAUUUAUGGCAAUCCAGAGUUCAAAGGAAAAAAUGUUGACUUUAAGUGAGAUCUAUAAGUUUAUAAUGGAUCGGUUCCCUUAUUAUCGCAAGAAUACACAGCGAUGGCAAAACUCUUUAAGACAUAACCUCUCAUUUAAUGAUUGUUUUAUGAAAAUCCCACGAAGACCCGAUAGACCCGGCAAAGGGAGUUAUUGGGCUCUACACCCAACUAGUGGUGAUAUGUUUGAAAACGGAUCGUUUCUUAGGCGACGCAAACGAUUCAAACUCGGAAAACAUUUUAAAGACUUGGAUCCACAACAACAAAAAAGUAUCACUGAAUACCAGAACAACUUGGAUGCCCACAACUCCAUCCAAGAACAGGCAAAGAUGCGUCUGACAGCUCUCGCGGCCGCUCCGAGUCAUCUGCAAACACAUCUCAACUCAGACAUCGGUCAUAGUUUUCAUCAAAACCCAUAUAACAAACAGUCUUUUUCAAUAGAAAAUCUAAUCGGAGCAGAAAAAACCAAAGAAAAUUCGUCGAUAUCACCGCACCAGUUGGCAGUGGCACAGGAACAGGCACAGGCAGCUGUUAGGGCUGCUAUUCAAGCUGCUUCUGCAGGAUCUCUUAUGUCGGCUCCUGGUUUUAGGCCAGGUUUACCCGCAUUUCCCGGAGCACCAGGAGUACCUCCAACAACACUACCGUGGACUACACCCUAUACUACAUCAUCAGCAAUGGCUGUGGCAGCCGUAGCCGCGGCAUCAUUGCACUCUCAAUUGGGACCCAAUGGGUGUCCAUUGGGAGCAACAGCUCUACCAUUUCCGGCAGAAUUUCCUCAUUUGUUGGCAAUGAAUAGCGCUUCGUUUGCUGCAAGACAUGGUCUCACAAAUACCUCAUUAAAUUCACUCAAUUCUCUAAAUUUUUCUUCAUUACCAUCAGUGCGACAACAUUUGUUACCAGCUUUUCAUCAGUUUCCCAAUUUUGCGGCCGCAGCCGCGGCUCUUGAAGCCCACGAUCAGACUGCAGCUCUACUGAGUGCCGCCGGAUCUGCAAAUCUAACGCCACCCCCAACCAGUACGCCCUCACCUCCUGUUAGAGUGGACUCUGUUUCAAGUGAUGUCUCAGCCAAGUCUUUAGAUGUCGUUUCAGAGGAUUCAUUCAAAUGA